AGUACCAAAUAUAUGAUCUUGAUCCAUCAUUGUAAAUGUAUGUGUAUGGGGUUUGUAUGUAAACCUCUGUUCUUGUGUUUCGUGUAUCCAUCUCUCUCGGUGUCUCUCUUUUUUCUGAAACACACAGAGAAACACGCGCUAUGUGAUCGUCAAGUUUCUGCCCUCCAUUCUUAUCUAUGCAGGGUGCUUAAGAUCAAGAAUCUGUGGUUAAGGCAAUCCUCCAACGUCGUUUCAACUGUGUAGAUAGAAUGGCAAACCAAAACAGGAAUCAGAAGCAAAACAGAAACCAGAACCAAAAUAGGAAUCAGAAUCAGAAUCUGAAUCAGAACCAGAACCAGAAUCCAAAUCCUCAAACAAAUGCAGCAGUUGAUGAAGAUUUCAACCUGAGGGAGACUAGGCCGAGCCUCGGUGGAGGGAGGGUAUCCGGGUAUGAUCAUGUCGGGACGGCCUUCGAUUUGGUGGAGCAGAUGGAUUAUUUGUAUAUGAGAGUGGUUAAGGCGAAGGAGCUGCCUGGCAGCCCUGACCCUUUUGUGGAACUGAAGCUUGGAGGGUCUAAGUCUGCCACUAGGCAUCUUGAGAAAACAUCCGCUCCGGCAUGGAAUCAAGUGUUUUCGAUCUUGAAAGAUCACAUUCAGGCACCGCAUAUUGAGAUUUCAGUGAAGGAUAAGGGCAGAAGUGGUGAUGAUUUAAUUGGAAUUGUUGUUUUUGAUGCCAUUGAUGUUCCAAGAAGGGUGCCGCCGGAUAGCCCUUUGGCGCCUGAAUGGUAUCGGUUGGAGAACCGGAGAGGGGAACGGGUAACUGGCGAGUUGAUGAUUGCUAUUUGGAUGGGAACGCAAGCUGAUGAGGCGUUUCCAGAAGCGUGGCAUUUGGAUGUCACCACCGUUACCGGUGAUGGUGUUGCUAGCAUUAGGUCUAAAGUUUACUUGUCGCCUAGGCUUUGGUAUCUAAGAGUUAAUGUGAUUGAGGCUCAAGAGUUGCAGCUUUGUGAUAGGAAUCGCCAGCAGCCGGAGAUUUUUGUUAGGGUUGCACAUGGGAACAUGAUCUUGAGGACCAAGAUUUCUGAAAGCAGGAAUACUAAUCCAUUAUGGAAUGAGGAUUUGAUGUUUGCUGUUGCGGAGCCUUUUGAGGAACAGUUGGUUUUGUGUGUGGAGGAUAAAGUAGGGCCUAACAAGGAUGAAGUUCUUGGCAAGUGCAUGAUCCCUUUACAGGGUGUGGAGAAAAGGAUGGAUUUUAAGCCUCCAGUUAGCAGGUGGUAUAAUCUAGAGAAGCAUACAGGUUCGGAGAAUGGGCAGAGGAACGGCAAUAGACUGAAUAGCAGGGUUCACUUGAGGAUCAGUUUGGAUGGUGGUUAUCAUGUUCUUGAUGAGUUGACCCAUUACAGUAGCGAUCUAAGGCCAACGGCUAGGCAGCUUUGGAAGCCAGCAAUUGGGGUGCUAGAAUUAGGCAUUUUGAAUGCUCAAAAUCUCACACCAAUGAAAAUGAAGGAUGGCAGGGGGUUCACAGAUGCUUACUGUGUGGCCAAGUAUGGCCAGAAAUGGAUCAGGACAAGAACAAUUCUCAACAGUUUCAAUCCAAAGUGGAAUGAACAAUACACGUGGGAAGUGUUUGAUCCAUGCACAGUAAUCACUAUAGGUGUGUUUGACAAUUGUCAGUUGCAAGGAGACAAUAGAGGUGGCAAGGAUUCAAGAAUUGGGAAGGUAAGGAUUCGCCUGUCCACUCUUGAGACUGGUCGCGUAUACACACAUUUUUACCCUCUCAUAGUGCUGUCACCUUCUGGUGUGAAGAAAAUGGGUGAAAUUCAGUUGGCUGUGAGGUUUUCUUGUGCAUCUUUGUCCAACAUGCUGCUGAUGUAUUCCCAGCCACUGUUGCCAAAUCUUCAUUACAGUCACCCCCUGAGUUGUCACCAGAUUGAGAUUCUCAGACAUCAGGCCACUCAGAUCGUCUCCACGAGGCUGAGCCGUUCAGAGCCGCCACUGAGAAAAGAAGUCGUGGAAUACAUGCUCGACGUGGGAUCAAACCUGUGGAGUGUAAGAAGAAGCAAAGCCAAUCAUUACAGAAUUGCCCGUAUCCUAUCUGCCAUAGUCAAAUUUAUCAAAUGGUUCAACCAGAUAUGCACUUGGAACAGUCCUUUCAUCACAGUCCUGGUUCACAUUUUGUUCCUGGCAUUCGUCUGCUUCCCUUGGAUGAUCUUGAGCACUAUAUUUCUGUACCUUUUCUUGAUCGGAACAUGGAACUAUCGUGGCCGGCCUAGACAUCCUCCACACAUGGAUGUCAAACUGUCUCAAGCUGAUACAGCCCUUAACGACGAACUGGACGAGGAAUUCGACACGUUCCCAACGUCUCAGAAGCAAAUUGACAUCCUGAAAAUGAGAUAUGAUAGGCUAAGAGCUAUUGCUUCCCGGGUGCAAACAGUUCUUGGGGACAUGGCCACUCAAGGAGAGAGGUUCUACAAUCUACUCAGCUGGAGAGAUCCAAGAGCCACCGCCCUGUUUCUCAUCUUGUGCUUGAUUGCUUCUGUGCUGCUAUAUAUAACUCCUCCCAAAGUUGUGGUUACCGUCAUAGGAUUUUACACCAUGAGGUAUCCCAGGUUCCGGGACCAACGGCCCUCGUAUCCUAUGAACUUCUUGAGGAGGUUGCCUGCAAGAACUGACAGCUUGUUGUGAGCACUCUUCUUGGUUUUUAAACCUCUGCCUGAAAUCAGUAGUUUUUGUUUCUACACAUACUUUGCUGCGGUAUGUGCAAGAC